GGUUUUCACUGUACAGGAAGAGUAGGCUAUAAGUAGCCUAAUCUGAAAAGUAACUGAAGCUGUCAAAUAACUCGAGUAAAAACCUAUAAGUAUUUGUCUCUGAGAUGUAUUGGGGUAGAAACAGGCUAUAGGCUAAAAUUUCUUAAAUAGAAAUAAAUAAAGCACAAAUACCUCAAACUUAUAACUAAGUACAGUGCGUGGGUAAAUGCGCUGUAAACUUCCACCACUGCCUGCAGGUCAACACCGUCAAUACAAGAAUCAGAAUCCGUGAAAAGUAACUGAAGAAAUUUCCAGCAGGCACCUAAACGCGUCACGGGCGUGUCGAGGGGGGCGUGAGCGCCUUAUAAUGAGGGGGAGAGGCGGUAUUGUCUGACGGGCAUCUGAGCUCCGGGGAAACGUAAAGCACGGAGAAGACAACGGGCUACUAACUUCAAAUGAACAAAGUGUCAAGGUCUUGGGGUCGUACGCGUCUUCAGGAGGGAGUCACUUCUUCUUCGUGCAGAUCUGUCUUCUGCGGCAACAGAAAGUCAGCACAGCGUCCACCCGCUGGCACUACGCAACAAAACAUAAAUGAUCUGGGAAUGAUCAGAGGUGGUGGGAGUCGUCCGCUCCAGCAGUGUCUUUGAGGGGGAGAAACUCCGCCCCUUCAAACUCAGGAUCCAGUCUCAAGCAAUCUUGUCAGCAAACAGAUAUCACUCUGAAGUGUCCUUGAGCAAGAAAUGAAUCUCUAAUGACCUCAGGGUGCUGCUUUGUGGCUGACACUGAUACCUCAUUUUAGAUGGAUGGGUGAAUGUUAGAUAAAUUGUAGCACACAUUUGUGUGUGUAUACACAGGAAGAAAAUCAAUGUGUAUUUGAUAAUGAAGCAAUCCUUGACAUAUUUCACUGACAUAAUUCACUGGAGGAAUGUCAGUUCAUGCAAGUAUGACAAAAUGUGGUGCAAUAUACUGCCAUCUAGAGGAAGCUACAGCAAAUCUGCCAUAAACUGAUAAGGUUCCUUGUAUUGUACCCUCUGUGUGAGCAGAUUAGGAAUUACAGGUGAAUAAACACAACCAGACUGUCUCAAACCACUCAGGUUGAUAUUAAAACCAUAUUUGUUGCCAUAAUUUGAGAAAGAGUUGUGUGUCGCAGAAAUGACUUCCAGCACUCCCUUUUCUUUGUCAGCUGGAGGAAAUAUCAGCAUUUUCAUUUAACAUUUUCAAGGUCAUGCUCCACAAUCUUUCCUUCUGCCAAACAUACAAACCAACUAUGCAGAAAAGAUAAAAAAAAGAGUAAACAAAGUAUGAGCAGUGGUUACUGUGUAUUGUGAGCUAAUGACUUUGCGUCUUACUCUAACCAGCCGCGCUCUCUGCCAGUGUCUUGAUCUCCUGACCAAAUUCAUGAUGUGGCCUUCGAAAACCUGGCAAAAGAUAAGUGCAUCUGAUUGGUCCAACCUGACCCUUAACCUGGAGGAGUCCCUGACCAGUGCUUUGGGUCAUUACCUGGACAACUGGAGGCGUAAUGUGACAGAUGCUGCAAAAGCUUUGGACAAGACUCUGGCUGAGGAGAACUUCAGGGACGUCAUCUGGUAUCUGGCUGUGAUGAUUGGGAUAUUUGCCUUCAUUGUUGUGGCCAUCCUGGUGAGCACAGUCAAAUCCAAGAGGAGAGAGCACUCUAAUGACCCCUACCACCAAUACAUCAAGGAGGACUGGACUGCUCAGAUACCACAGAGUGAUGUCAUCACUAAUUGGUCAGCUAGAUAAUGCAAGCAUAGAUGCUUAACUUACAGCAAAUCAUCAGUAGAAGGAGCAGCAUCAGCAUAACUAACAGAUUUUCACAAAAUCUAUGGUCCUUUCUCAUGCUGAUCAAAUUUGUAAUCAGAAUAAUAAAGAAUAAUCACUAUUAAA